AUGGUCUUAUUCAAGAAAGAAAGGACGCUUAACACUAUACUUGUUUUCUUCAAACGGUUCAAAAAUACCUUGAAAGAAGCUCUACUCCCCGAUUCUACGAAGCUGCCAGUGGGAUUGGCUCGGAAGAGUUGGGUUGGAUUGGUUGAUGUCAGAGAAGUGGAAGGUUCAGACUUGGAGAAAGAAUCGAGGAUAGCCUUUUCUCUCUCUCGCCGGACUGGAAGUCGAGUUCUGUCUGAUCGUCCUUCCCCUUUCGAUAAAGUGGCAUUCUUCUCCUUCGGCGGCUUCCACUCAACUGAGCUCCCCGAAGUCGAAAACUUCCUUGGCUUCGAUGGCAUUGAACGAGCCAAAUCCCGAUAG